AGUCAUAAUUUACAAUAAACUGACGGCUACGAACAACCAACUUCUAUAAUUUAAGUGCAGCCCUUUAAUUAAAGUUCCAUUACAUUUCAUUUGAUUGAAUAUACCAUGCACGCUUGGUUUCGGAGUAUUUAAACAUCAUGUGUCGCUGAUCCAAAGCCAGAACGCUAUUUGACCGGGACAUAUAUUUCAUACAUGAGUCUACAAAUUCUCAGAGGAAGAUGUAAUUUUGGAUCAUCUUUAUUUUAAUUUGGGGAAAAUAUAUCUUUUUUUAUUUUUCAAAAAUGAAGAAAAAUAAAGAAAAAAUUGGAAUGUGUUGGAAGGUGUGGUUGCUGAGUAUUUUAACUCCUACCCUGUGUUAUAAAUUUAACAGUCGUUCAACAGAUACCUGUGAACCCAUAGAGAUACCCAUGUGUCAACACAUGCCGUACAAUAUGACUCGUAUGCCCAAUUUAUUACAUCACAGUUCUCAAGAAAACGCUAAACUCGCCAUAGAACAGUUUCAGCAGCUAGUAGACAAAAAUUGUAGUGACGUCAUUUUGUUUUUUCUAUGUGCCAUGUAUGCACCAAUUUGUACUGUUAACUUUCAACAUGCACCUAUUCCUCCGUGCAGGAGCGUGUGUGAGCGCGCACGUGCAGGGUGUGAGCGAAUUGUAAAUUAUCACAAUAUUUCGUGGCCGGAAUAUUUAGACUGUUCACGUCUUCCGCGAUAUGAUCGGGGAGUGUGUGUUUCUCCAGCAGCUAUUGUUCAAUCUACCAAAAUCACAAGUAACGGGACCGGAAACAGAGCUAAUCCUGAUAUACAGAAUCCUCGCCCGCCCACUGGGAUUGGACCAAAAGUUUGCAGAUGUAAUCGUAAAGCAUCGAAACCAAAACGGAAGAAAUUCAAACAAGGGCGCUUUCAUUUUGCAAUUCAAGGGAAAAUCAAACAACAAGGUGUCAUCAACAAUGCUAACACUGUCACUAGAAUCGAAGUCCUGAAAGUACUGAAGGAGAGCAAAGUCCACAUCAAGGUGAAUACUACAGUCGAUCUAUGGACCAAUUCCACGUGUGUCUGCCCAAGGCUGGUCAGAGAUCGUACAUAUCUGCUCAUUGGAUAUGAAGACACUGUUACGCAAAGGUUUUUGUUCUUGGAUAACUGUCUGGCUGCGAAAUGGCAAAAGCGAUGGGUAAAAAGAAUUAAGAAAUGGGACAGGAGAAAAGGAAGAAAAUGUAGAAAAUCGAGGGGUAAAAGAUGUCGAAAAGGCCGAAAAAGAAAAAAUAAGAUAAGAAAAAGAAAACAGAAAACUUGAGAAAAAAAACCAUAGUAGGUAAUAGCAGUAUUGAGACACAAACAGUUUAUAUGUAUUAAAGGCAACAUUGUGGAUUAUCCAACUUAUCCAACAAGAAGGAACCGAAAGUUUUCAACUGAUGUUGAUGUCAGCAUUAAUAUUGCAAACACGUUGAAGAUAUGGAUAUUCUUCUAAAAGUUAAUAAAAUAUUAAUUUUUUAGUUAUAGUUAUAUUGGUUUGCCCUGUUGAAAAAUAUUCAUGAAAUGUGCUUUUGUUUGUAUAUAAGGAAUUUCAUUCCAAGAGUCGGCGAUUAUGUCAAUAAUUUUUCGUCAAUUCUGUAUAUUUAUUAUUAUUUGUUAUUUAAUUUUCUGAGUUUUCAUGUUUUUAUUGAAAAUGUAUAUAUAUCAGACAUUUCUAAACUAAAUUAAAACCUUUUUUUAAAUAAUAUUAAUCAUCGUUUUGCAAUCAAUAUUGUAUCACAUCAUUUCAUACGUUCUUUUUAAAUAAAUUAAACAUUUAAUGUUACUAAGUAACAUACAGUAGAGAGGUUACUGAGUGAGGAAAAGUGGAUUUGAAAAAGUCUCUCCAAAAAUAACUCAAGCAGAAGUAAAUAAAGAAAUUGAAAAGUCUUUUCAUGACACCAGAUCCCACCUCUGAUGGAUUGGAGGUCCGUGUUUGCUCCGCUUCUAAAUUGUAUCGUUUAAUGGAUUUUCUUCAGCUCGAAUCUGUUUGUGAUCUCUACAUAUUUAAUUCUUUCUCAGUGCAUUAUUUUUCUAAGCAUCCUCUGACUAAAUUGACAAUACAUGGGCAGUUUUAAAAGACCAAAUAAAACACGCUUUAUACUUUUUUAAAUGAACAUCAUUCAUUGCUCAAUUUCACUAUGGGAUAUACUUAUGCAAACUCUGACUUUAAAUUUUGAUUGUCAAAAAUGUGUCUCGUAAAUGAAAUUCUGAAUAUAAAUUGUGUGCAUGCAUUUGCUUGUUAUUACAUAAACAUAAAUAUGACAAUAUCAGGAAAAUCAACUGUUACACAUAUUUGAUAUGAUGUGCAAUAUUUGUAAACCGUAUACAUAAAAUGUAGACGGGUAAUGUACAUGCAUGCUUUAAAAUUCUCUGUACAUAUGUUAUAUAUAAAUAUGUAAUUUUUAUGCCAAUUUAAUCUAUGAUUGAUAAACUUCCAUUGUUUGUUUAUAUUUGAUUUUUAUGUCAAAUGUAGAUUUUUUUUUAUCUGAGAGAAAAUUAACAAUCAUCAUGAGUUUGUACUAUUAUAUGUGAAAUAAAUAUCAUAAAGUGUACUUUUAUUAUGAAAUCGAUGAGUUAAAAUGUACUCUCCCAUUUCUUUAUAUGUGGAUUAAGUAUCACUUUUUUCAGUCACUGAUGAUGUUUUAAAUUUGCUAUCUAUAUUAAAAGAAAAUUUCAUUUGAAAUUUUUGAGAUAGAAAAUUAUGCAAUUUAUUAAAAUGCUAUUAUAUUAGGUUCCCAAACUAUCUCUUAUCAUGCAAUACGUUCUCUACCGAAUUCUUAAAUGCUGGAAAAUUAAGUGAAAAGUAUCGUAUGGCACCAAAUAUUGUACUUUGAAAUGGAUAUGCUUGUUUGAUAAAUGAAAAAUAAACUGUUGGAAAAAUGAAA